CUCAAUCAUAUCAGUGAACUGUAGAUUAUACAGGCAGACGAGUGAGCACGAAUCUUAAACAUGGAUCAGUCAUUUGUAAACGUCAAUGGACAGGGGAUAAGGCAAUGACGUCGACGGGUUACAGAUACUUGGACAAAAUCAACUGAACAUCGAAACAACAGUUUUAAAGGCGUUCUAACUUCUGUUGUGAAUAUAUUGAUUCAGCUCACAUUCAGGAUGAAGACUUCAAUCAUGUUUGAUACGCUUCAUUUUUGUAGAUACCAUGCCUAAUGCAUCUACUGUAUUUCUUAUUGGGAAAUAUUAACGACAGCCUAUAAUGUGACUAAAUAUUUGUUUAAAAUGAGUAACAACACUGUGACCGGGAGGACCAUGGUCCCGACUAUACCGUCCAUCAUGUUUAUUUUCGGGGUGGUGGGAAAUGUGAUUGCCAUCGUGGUGCUCUGCAAGUCCAGGAAAGAACAGAAGGAGACCACGUUCUACACGCUGGUAUGCGGUCUGGCGGUUACAGACCUUUUGGGGACACUCCUGGCCAGUCCCGUCACAAUCGCAACCUAUGUGAAAGGCUCGUGGCCAGGCGGGGAACCACUGUGCCAAUAUUUUGGAUUCAUCAUGCUUUUCUUCUCUCUAGCGGGGCUCAGCAUUAUAUGCGCCAUGUCCGUGGAGAGAUACUUGGCGAUAAACCACGCGUAUUUCUACAACGACUAUGUGGAUCAGAGACUGGCGGGCAUGACGCUUCUGGCUAUCUACAUCUCCAACGUGCUUUUCUGCGCUCUACCUAGCAUGGGUCUGGGACAAGUCAAAAAGCAGUACCCACAAACCUGGUGCUUCAUAGAGUGGCGGAGCAACGUGAGUACCGAUGCCGGCUUUUCAUAUAUGUACGCGGGGUUCAGUUCGAUUCUAAUUCUAGCCACAGUGAUCUGUAACGUUCUGGUAUGCGGUGCUCUGAUUCGAAUGCAUCGGCGGUUUGUUCGGAAGAUGUCAUUGUGGACAGACCCCGGACGAAACACAGACCGGAGAAGGAGACGCAGCUUCGGGCAUCUGGCCGGCGCAGAGAUCCAGAUGGUGAUUGUACUCAUAUGCACCUCAGCGGUGGUGCUUAUAUGCUCCAUUCCACUUGUUGUGCAAGUGUUUCUGAACCAGAUUUAUAAGACUCCGGUGGAGCUGAGACUGGAGAAGAACCCAGAUCUACGGGCGAUCCGCUUCGCCUCAUUCAACCCCAUCCUGGACCCCUGGAUCUACAUCCUCCUCCGCAAGGCCGUGCUCCUCAAGCUCAUUGAGCAGAUCAAGUGUCUGUUCUGUAAGAUAGGAGCACGGAGGCAGCAGAGACAGGGAGCACAUAACUGCCACUGCAUUGAUGAACACCAGCUCCACUCCAUCAUCUCUUCACAAGAGUUCCCGUCCUUGGUGUCCCGCGAAUUGAAGGAGGUGUCCAGCACCUCUCAGGUCGUCCUCUACCUUCCUGAUGGAAGCUGUCAUCACACAGGAGAGCAGGUUGGGCUCCGCAAUUCCUCUGUCCAAGACCCCCAAAGUUCUUAUUUGUCAGAACAGAGAAGUACAGAGGAUGGGAGGAGAGAGGUGACAAACCUAACCAGGGACCACUCUGGUGUGGGAGGAAAGACCACUCAGUCAUGUGUGAAAGACCAGGCUCUUCAUGUGUUGCUAAGUAAUGAGACGGUACAGGAGAAAUGCAUAUAGAUCUUGUUUAUUUGGAAUCCCAUGAACGGUUACUUCAACAGCUUCUCUAAGACUCCUCAUAGUAUUGUGAAGUGUCUGUGAGUCAGAGGGAUGUCCACACAUACAUUGACGGCACUGCCUUCAAACUGCCCAAGAUGCCUUUUCAGAGAGAUUCUGCUCUCCUAAGGGACUUAUUCGGUUAGCGGAAGUGUUAGUGCCAACAGAAAUAGAUUGGCUCCUAGGAUGACUCAUUUGACAUCCUCUAAAGACGAGGAAUGGCACAUUUAGACAAUGUUGAAAAGCUUUUGGUAAGCCAGACAGGAGGAAGGACAAACAAGAGAGAGAAGAUGUCUGCUCCACUUUGAUGUCAAGCUACCUCGACCAGAAACAUUAAUGUUUGUUUGUUUUUCCUGUCUUCUCGCACAGGUCAGAGAGCAAGGCUGUAAGAGCAGAGCAGCUUCUCCAUGGCCUAAAGGGGCAUUGGCUGUACACUGUAGCUAAACAGUUUAAACACUAGCUUCUUUCAAUCAUUGUGCAAACUGUGAGUUAGUAUUUAGAGUAUUUAAGCUACAAUGAUUGAGAUGUACAGAAUUGUUAUUAUGAUUCAUUGAAAGGAAUGUAGUAUAGGGCCUGUCAUUAUGUGCCAAACUGCCAUGAUAACACCAAGGAAAAGUCAGUUCUCACAAAACGAUUUGUCUGUAGAAGGUUUGCUGUUCAGAGAUACACUUCACUUGACUGUUUUGCAUCACAUAAUAGCUUUAGAGAGUUAAUGUAUAGUGCAGUAUUGUGUGUAAUAACAUUAUCCAUGUGUUGUCCUUCAGGUGAGGAGUAUGUCAAAUUGCGAAUUAGAAGGCUUUUUAGAAUGCCUUAGUCAUGGAAUGAGUUGUGCCAACAUGCAGGGUAAUUUGCCAAACUCUGUAUAUGUAUUUCUAUUAUGCUGGUACCAGUUUUUGAACGUUUAUCAGAUUAUCAGUGAUUCACCUAAGUAUUGUCAUUGUCAUUAUUUAGUGACUUACGCAAUCAGCCUGGUCUCAUAUACUAGCAUACAUAAAUCAGGGACACCAGAUUAGUGUGACAUGUUACGUUUGGUAUGAUUACGUCAGACAGAAGGUUACUUAAGGAAAAAUGAAAGGAGGGCGGUUAGUCGGCGUAUAACGCAAACGUCUAGCGCGAACGUCUAGCGCGAACGUCUAGCGCGAACGUCUAGCGCGAACGUCUAGCAACCCAAAGGUUGCGCGUGCGAAUCUCAUCACGGACAACUUUAGCAUUUUAGAUAAUUAGCAACUUUGUAACUACUUAGUAUGUUAGCUAACCUUUCCCCUAACCCUAACCCUUUAACCUAACUCAUAAGCUUAACCCCUAGCCUAGCUAACAUUAGCCUGCUACCUGAGACCAGGUUGAUGCAAUUUCUUCUCUGUGAGAAGUUUCAAGUUAUUCAAUCCCACCAUGAAAUGUUACAAUAGCAUAAUAUGAAAGGUCCUUAUCAAUUUUGAAAUAUUAUGUUCUGCCAUAUCUGUAAACCCCCUAAAAUGACAGAUGUUUUUCAUUUUAAAUCCAAUAAGCUUAUGUUGUAUCCACCCUAUAGAAUAUUAAUUUAAGCAAUACAUUCUAAAAAUGAAUUCAAUUGAUUAACAGUAACUGAUACCCACCUUUUGGUUUCAAGGAUUUGUGCAUGACUCCAUUUCCUUUGGACCACCUAUGAGACUGAACGUGUGUAUGUGCAAAACAUCACGCACAUGAGUCAGUGUCAGGCAGUGUGUGUGUGUGUCAUUAAACUACAUGUCAUCUAAGAACAAGCGGAAAUCAUUUAUGUAAGCAGGAAGGUUCUCACACUCAGAUUCCUGACAGAGUUUAGAGGUCAUAUUGUGACCCUGUUAGCACACAGAUGUUACUGAAAGGUACAGGCCACUGCUUUCCAAGUUUACACAAGUAUAAUUGGCUAAACAAACCCUAACGAACUUGGGUCCAAGGCCGUUAACGAUGAAUUCAGGUUCAAACACGCAAAAAGAAUCCCAGAUCUACUAGUUAGUAACUGAGCACACACACACACACACAAUAUUGUGAUGAGCAGAAGGCAGACUUCCCAUAACUUGACUGAGGCAGCAUCUUUCAUAAAACAACAAGCGUCUAUGGCUCCUAUCCAGCAUGAUUCAAGGUCCAGUGCAGUCAAAAUUGAGUUUUUCCUUAUAUCAUAGUGUACAACACCUGAUGAAAUGAACACUGUAAAAGGUGUGAUUUUUUUAUCAGUGUAAUUUACUGAUAGUUGCUGGUUGAAAAUCCAAUCUACACAGGACCUUCUAAUCAGCAGGUUUGCAUGGGUGGGAGUUUCGACUUUCCAUGGUGACAUUACUAUGCGGCAAAUUGGUUAAUUGACCAAUAACAAAGAGCGUUCCAAACCUCUCUGCCAAUAAUAGCUAGUCUUCAGUUUUCCUCUCCCUACUCUGCAUUGCUGGUUAAGGGCUUGUAAGUAAGUAUUUCACGGUAAGAUAUACACCUGUUGUAUUCGGGCGCAUGUGACAAAUAACAUUUGAUUUGACUCAGACCACUCCCAGACAGUCCCAGCAAAAUUCUUGCUUGAGAAAUAGUUUUUUGCUAAAAAUAUUUUUUUGUCCUUAAUGGAAAUCUAUUACAGUAAGGUACUUAAUUACUACCCAUGAAUUAUUUGAUAUUGAUAUAGAAACGACUGCAUUGGGCCUUUAAGCUUGAACUAGCAAUGCUUUGACAAAUAUGCUGAGAAUGGGAUAUCAACACAGUGUGUGUGAGAGCAACCAACCUCAACAUGAGUAACAACAGCCACGCAAUGUGUGGUGGAGAGAGCAGAUAAACUGUGAAAGGCUGUAAUUUAUCAAAACACGCUGUUGCAUGGAGUACUUCCAAAGAGACAAUAGGGCUGUUCACCGCAGUAAUUGUCUUGUAUAUUGACCCUGGUCUGAUUGCAACCUUACGUGACACACACUUUUACCAAAUGUGUUUAUGCCUCUUCCACAAACUACACUUUCAUAAGAUAGAGCCAGUAUAUGCUCAUGGACACUCUUAAUGGGCAAAAAUGGGCAUUAAGUUGGCGAGCAAGUUCAUAAGCUAUUAGGUUUCAGGGUCUGGGUUGAGCUAGUGGCCACACUUCCGCCCAGUCUACAUUUCCAUCCAUUCUCCUGUAACAUGGCCAUAUAAUGUCAGUAACUACACAUACGUUGCCGUUCUGUGCAUCACAUUACAGUAACAAGGAAACAUAAAGCUGCUUUAAGUCAAUAGGACGCACGCCAACAUCAAUUAUCUGUCCUGUGUCUCCUGGGAGCUAUGACACCGACUGCUCAGCAUCAGGGCACAUCUGCUGUCAGCUACAGAUGAACAGGACAGUAGACCACUACGUCAUGAUUAUUAUAGCAUUAUACAUGACAGAGACCAGAAACUAUGGGAUGGUAGAGAUGAUAAACCCUCAGUGAUGUGCAUAAGCUGUAUUUCUCAGGUAGUGGGGAGAAAAGACAAAUCUAAUGUAAAGAGGAAGACCAGGCAAUGGUUGAAACCUUGUAAAAACAACACUUUUUUCUCAGGGUACAGGUGGAAAUGGUUUAUAACAGUGUCAUUCAUUUUAGGCACGUAAAAUCUGUAAAUAAUGAGUAUUUCACUAAUUGAGGCACUCAUUCAGUGCUGUAGCCAAAGCCAUACAGUGUUAGCAGACCAGGGGUCUAAGGCACUGCAUCUCAGUGCUGUAGCCAAAGCCAUACAGUGUUGGCAGACCAGGGGUCUAAGGCACUGCAUCUCAGUGCUGUAGUCGAAGCCAUACAGUGUUGGCAGACCAGGGGUCUAAGGCACUGCAUCUCAGUGCUGUAGUCGAAGCCAUACAGUGUUAGCAAACCAGGGAGGGAGAAGAUGAUCUAAAAAGCUUCAGGAAUUAGUCAACCUUCUGACUCUGUUAAGCCCUACACAAACAUAGUUAGGACUCAGAAUACAGGCUUAAUUCAUGGGGUUCAGAACAGUAUUAAACACAGCCCGUUCCCACGAAACCAGUUAUUAAUUACACGUUACACGUUGAUCCUCAUUGUUGUGUAACAUCUACCAAAGCAAAUAGGAAAGUCUUAGGCGCUCAAUAUGACCUGCAUAGAAUCAGAAAGUAAAGCCCAUCAGAUAUGAUUCAAACAAAACAAUGUGCUAAAGAUCUUGCUUCAGCAAGAUGUGAACGCAUUUACCUCCAUAUAAGAAAAACAUAUUCAGCAAUGGAGAUGCACCCAAGGGAACAGAGGGAACGUGCAGAAGUGCCCGUUGAGUCGAAUACACACAUUGAGGACAAGAAACCAAGAGGCCAAAAAUGUACAUCUGUUGUUGAGGCUCCAAGAAAAAGGACAGGGUAGAAACCUUUUGAUGAAAGCCAUGAAUUAAUUGGUGUCAUUCUUGUUAUCGAGGUCAAUGGAGUUGAAAGGUAGAACAGGUUCAGCUCAUAUAAAUCCAUGAUAACGGACCUUUAAACUGCUUAGGCUUCAGACCUCUUCAGCGGACACAUAAUAAAGCAAUGGAUAAUAUUAUAUUACAGUCAGUAGAUGGAUAAAUCUUUAUUAUUACUGACAUCCACUUCCCUGUCCCAAAAUUAGGGAAGUACUGUCAGUGGUCAUAAUUACAGAGUAUACAUUCUUUGUUUGUUUGUUUGCCUGUAGUUCAAGACAAAAUGUCAAAGAAAAUAUAUUGCAUUCAUACUUAUGCACCACAGCGAGCAAAGAGGAGUAAGUAAGGCUAUAUUAGACCUCUAGAAAAGUACAGCAAUACAGUCAUGUGACUAAUAUACUGGAAACACACAAGCAUUUCCCAGCUAAAAGCUAUUGUACCAGCCAACUCCGGUCUCCACUCAGUGAUUUUUGGAGACGAUUUCAGACUUUCACAAGAGCCCAAUUUGAGUAUGUUUUCGUUCAUUUUUCAUCAUGAUUAUUCACAGACGUUACCUAGCAACCAGGGUGCAGAAUUCCCCCAUUUUCCCCAAAAGAUUAAUCACCCAUUACAAACUUUAUCAAUGAAUAUAACCACUGAGCCUUUCCAGAUACUCUGGGAUGCUGCUUUACUCUGGUCAGAUUUCAUAUGAACUCUUGGAAGUGCCUGGGAAGUUGUCUGGACCAUAUUGCAUGUUUAUAUAGUGCCCAUGUUGUAUCUUAGCAUGGUGUCCUGGCUCUCUAUAUGAGAGUGCCCAGUAUCCUAUUAUACCAAACUCUGGCCAUGCCCAGGGCCAGCCAGCACUGACUGCAGUCUGGUUCCCAACUGUGUAUCUGUUUUAAUUGCGGGUUCUCAGAAGACUGAUGUGAAACAGUAUUUGUUGGGAAUAAUAUUUAACAUGGCUUCCCUCCCUUCAGGUGUGUGAUUGAAUGAGUGAUAUAAAUGUCUGACAGCCAAUGGGAAGCGUGGGAACCUUAUAGUAAGCAGUGAACAUGGGGAACUGGAUCUAGGAAAAUGGUCACCCUGGAAGACAUAGCAAAACAACAACUGGUCAUAAAUUCAUCAGCUUUCAGACACCCUGACGUGUUUUACGAGUUAACAUGAACUCAGUGACUUACCAAGAAGCAAAAGAGAACAUUUCUGACUUUUUGAUAUAUAUGGGAACAGGGACUUAUUGUACAAUCAAACUAUUAUGUGUGUGUGUUUUAAUGUACUCUUUGCAAGCUAUUUCAGAAUUUGUUACUGUAAAGCUUCAAACACUAAUGUACUGUAUUAUUGUGAAAUAAUGAAUUUAAUAAUUGAUCAAAUGUCAUAAUUUGGAUAAAGCUCUGCCAUAUCUGUCUAUGGCUGAAGUCA